AUGGGUGGAAAGACUUGGUCUAUAGACGAAGAACGAAUGCUCUGGGAAGUCGUUGUUCCUCGCUCAGUAGCUGCUGCUAACCCAGUUGAUCGACGUAUGAGCUGGGAGCAAUGCGCGCAAUAUAUGAACGACAAUGCUGGUGACAUCGCUCAACGCAACUAUACUAAGAACAUGUUAUACGAGCAUCACUACCAGAACAUUGUCAAGGGCGGUUCUUCUCCGAAUGCUGGUCCAUUUGUCGAACGGCACCUACGCUUGAUCGAAUGGUACAAGAACCAUAGAUCGCCUCCACCGGCUAGCCCCCCUCCAGUUCCACGAACCCCUCAAAACCCUGAACUUACUGCCCUUCUGAGCCAGCAGUCGAAGCCAAAGAGACGACGGGGCAAGAAUGCAGCCAAAACCCGACUCGUGGAGAAUCGAAUUGCACUGCCCACUAUCGAUGAGGAUGGACCUGGACCUGGACCUGGGCUUGGACCGAGUGGCUCAGGCACACCCAACGUCCCAUAUGUUCGUUCAUACGCUCCGUACAAAGGGGCUCAGCAGCAGUCUUUUGAAGAAAACCAGUCACCCCCAGUUGACCCGAGGGCGAAGUAUGCACUCGAUUUUCGCCCGCUGCCUAGAACAGUGCGUGCUGCUAGACCUGGAGGCAACUUCUUGAGCCGGCCCAUGGAGAAAGUGGAAGGCGGACUUUGGCGCCUCGUACCCGAAACUCGAGAGGACGAGAGGCCUGGAGAAUCGAUGUCCCUAGUUCCGCGAAACAGCAGUGUCCAGGCUCGACAUCCCAGGGCGCAGGAGGAAAGCUCAUGGACUCGGCCAUAUACUGUCCCCCCUCAGCAGGCCCCCCAGGGACCUCAAGGAACUCAAGGGCCUCAGGGAAGGGGCCUCCCUUCUAUCCGUCAAGCGUUUCCUUUCAUCAACUUUAGGCAUCCUUUGAACUCUGCCCCUUUUCGGGAGACAUCACAUCAGACUGGCAAGCGCGGCCACAGUGGUGGUCAGGACCAGAAUCAGGCCCCUAAGCGACGAAGACUUCCUGAUCACCCUGUCCCCCGUCAAAGCAACUCGCAGCAACCGAGCCAGAGAAAAUAA